UUCUGGUUCGUGACGUUCGUGUUGGCUGCAUGGCUCGCCAUGGCUGCGGGCAAGGAUCUGAGCAACUCACCUACGCCUUCCCCUUUUCCGUCUCCAUCAAUGUCGCCGGCGCCCAGCGAGUACUGCUCGACUCUGAUAUACAACAUGGUGGACUGCGUCACGUAUCUGGCCGUCGGAAGCAAAGAUACGGAGCCGGAACCGUCGUGUUGCGCCGGCCUGAAAGAGGUCGUCUCCGUCGACGCCGAAUGCAUAUGCGAGGCCUUGCAAAGCAGCAUCGAUCUGGGCUUCGCCAUUGACAUGAACAAGGCCUUGUCGCUGCCUUCUGCUUGCUCCCUCUCCGUUCCCAAUCUCAGUACCUGCAACCCUAAUCCUUCACCCCUGGUACCCGAACCCGCCUCAGCCCCAGAAUCUCCGAUUGCCCCGGCCCCGGGAAGCGGCGGCGGAGGAGGAGGAGCCGGUGAAUCUCCGGCGUCAUCUCCCGUGAAUUCCGGCGUAGAUGAUCACUCCUCGGCUGUUCAUUACAGUUUUCUGGUUCUUAUGUUGUUUCUUUAUUUUUGUUCAUAUUAUAACUAGGUUUUAGCACAUGAUUAUGGUUUCUUCAUUGAUCUUCAAUUCUCGUGGGACAUAAUGUUCGUUAUGUGCAUGGUUUUAGUAUU